GGGAGAAGGAGGGAGGGAAGUUCGGCGGUAUGAAGUUGCGGGGAGCGCGGCCCCCCGCGCCGCUCCGCCAAGUUUCUUGCGCUCCCUAGCCCGGAGGUGCCCGCGGGUUGUAAAGUGUCCCCGGUGUGUGUCCCCCGCCUCUUCCCCGCUUCCCGGUAACGGCUCUGUAAUUGCAUCAUGUUUGGAACCGGGAGGGCAGAGACUGUUCGCUGAGCCGAUGGCUGCGCGGUAGCCCGGGGGAUGGCGGAGCGGGGCUGCCCGAAGCCCCGCCGCGCUCCCAUUGUUAGUCGGCGCCGGGGCUUUGCGGGGCCAGUACCGGGGCUCGGGCAGCCCUGAAGGCGAUGGGCAGCAAGCGGCUGCUGGCCGGGGUGAGGGCUGGGUACCGGCGCUGGGACCUGUGAUGGAUGCGGAGGGAGAGAGAGAUCCUUUGUGGCUCUGGGCAGGUCACGGAUGCCUUAUCCCGCUGUAGUGCCCUCGGUCCGUGAAAUUACCGGUGAUUGCACUCAGUAAGAGAAGCAAGGAGGCUGAGACGGCUUUCCUGAGCGUGUACAAGCAAUUAAUCCAAGCUCCAGGUAAGCAACGCGGUGGCGACCUGGCUGCCUAACGAGUCGCUUGCCAGUGCCGAGACGAGCCAGCAAGGACCCUGGCAGGGCUGCCCUCCCCAUCCCUGGUGCGGCCGGCAUCACCAACCUCUGCUCACUGCAUGGUGCUCUGGAGAUCCCAGCCGAAGAGAGGAGUGGAAACAGCUUUUGCCAUCGCUGUGUUUCAGCCCCUGAGCCAAAUGCAUCUUGACAUUAGGAAAGGAAUACAUUUGCUCAGCCCUUGUAAUAACACUGCGGCUAUCCCCAGUUGUCUGUUUGACGACCCUGCUCCUGUGCUGGAGGCUGCUCGGAGCCUGGAGGACCGGCUGCAGCAGCUCCAGCGCCUCGAGCCUGAGCCACCCCCACUGAAGGACCUCAGCCGCCCCUGGAAGAAGCACCCAGAGCUCAUCAUUGCCAAAGAGCGCAGAGACAGGACGUCACCGGCAGCUGGGCUUGCAGCAGCAUCUGAGCCCCCACUCUCCGGCACUGACAGCAAAGCUCCGUGCACAGAAACCUUGCUGCAGAGAAAUGAGGCAGAAAAGCAAAAGGGGCUGCAGGAAGCACAGGUCACUUUGGCUGCCCGGCUUGGGGAGGCAGAGGAGAAGAUCAAAGUGCUCCAUGCAGCAUUGAAGGCCACCCAGACAGAGCUGCUGGAGCUGCGGUGUAAAUACGAUGAGGAAGCUGCAUCCAAGGCAGAUGAAGUAGCCAUGAUCAUGACAAAUCUUGAGAAAGCCAACCAGCGAGCGGAGGCGGCACAGAGGGAGGUGGAGAGCUUGCGGGAGCAGCUGGCAGCCGUCAAUAGCUCCCUGCGCCUGGCCUGCUGCUCCCCAACAGGCGCUGCUGGGGACAAAGUGAACUAUUCCAUGUGCUCAGGGUCAAGGCUGGAGGCUGCUCUGGCUGCCAAGGACCGGGAGAUCCUGCGGCUCCUGAAGGAUGUCCAGCACCUCCAGAGCUCGCUGCAGGAACUGGAGGAGUCCUCUGCCAACCAGAUCGCCGAGCUGGAGGGGCAGCUGGCUGCCAAGAAUGAAGCCAUCGAGAAGCUGGAAGAGAAGCUGCAGGCACAGGCAGACUACGAGGAGAUCAAAACAGAGCUGAGCAUCCUGAAGGCGAUGAAGGUGGCUUCUGCCAGCUGCAGCCUUCCCCAGGCAAGUGCCACGGUGGGUGCCGACCUGCUCGCCAGGCUGGAGCACACGUGCCAGCCCUGCCGCCGGUGCCUCCACCACCCUUUCCCAUCUCGGCUUGGCUCCUUGCAGAGCAUAUCAAAGGCGGAGGAGGCCCUGCUCCUAGGGAAGGAGGCUUUCUACCCCUCCCAGAAGUACCUGCUGGAGAAGCCCAACCUCCUGGCUAACACUGAGGAGGAUCACUCCGAAGAUGAGUCGGGAAAGGAUUCGCUGGGCAUGGAGCAGCCGUACCCAUCCCCCCAGCACGCCUCAGCAGAUGAACCCACCUCCCCCAAUCCCCUUCCACCUCUACCUGGCCCUGGUUUGGCCCCUGAGGGCCCCCGGACUUUUUCCAUGUCCCCCUUCCCAGGGGGCGAGCGACUUUCAGGGGACCCCAAGACCCCCCACCUCCCACCACCCACCUACAAGAGCGAGAGCACUGGAGGAGGACCAUCCUUCCCCUCCACCUUCUUUGGGGCCAAAAGCAGCACCAUGCCCUCCAGCACCACCCCAACCACCAGUGCUGCCAGCCCACCCGGCGAGCCAUCUGAGGGCAGUGCCGGCAGCUCUGCCGAGGAGGAGCAGCUGGACACGGCCGAAAUCGCCUUCCAGGUGAAAGAGCAGCUGCUGAAGCACAACAUCGGGCAGAGAGUCUUCGGGCACUACGUGCUGGGGUUGUCACAGGGUUCUGUCAGCGAGAUCUUGGCCCGGCCCAAGCCCUGGCGCAAGCUGACGGUGAAGGGCAAGGAGCCGUUCAUCAAGAUGAAGCAGUUCCUCUCCGACGAGCAGAACGUGCUGGCCCUGAGGACUAUCCAGGUGCGCCAGAGAGGUAGCAUCACACCACGGAUCAGGACACCCGAGACCGGCUCUGAUGAUGCUAUCAAAAGCAUCCUGGAGCAGGCGAAGAAGGAGAUCGAGUCGCAGAAGGGAGGGGAACCCAAAACACCAUCAGCAUCGCAAGCAGUGGCCAACGGGACAGGUAGCAGCAGCUCAGAGGAUGCCAUCAAGAGCAUCCUGGAGCAGGCACGGCGGGAGAUGCAGGCACAGCAGCAGGCACUGCUGGAGAUGGAGUCGGGGGGCAGCGGGCACCCUGGGGACACAUCACCAGCUGAACGCUCCACACUGGCCACUGUCAACCAGAACACUGUCCCCACCUAUGUCAAGCAGGAGGAGGGGAGUGGGGCCAGCCCCAGCCCCCAGCAAACACCUCUGGCUGUCCUCUCACCCGCUGCCUUUGUCCAGAGCAUCAUCCGGAAGGUGAAGUCAGAGAUUGGUGAUGCCGGCUCCUAUUUCGACCAGCACUGGGCAUCAGAGAGGAGCCUGCUCAGCCGACCCUACACCUCUGUCUCACCUUCGCUCUCCUCCUCCUCCUCGAGCUACUCCAGCAUGGCCAAUGGCCGGGGAUGGCCACGGGGAGAGCCCAGUGAGGGUGGUACCAACGAGGAUGAGCUGCCACCAGCAGAUGAUGAGCCCCACCGGCUGUCGGAGAUGAAGACGGAGGGAGCUGGCGCGGAGCCGUCGGCUGGUGGUCGUCUCUCCUACUACCCUGCCUACGUGCCACGGACUCUGAAGCCCACCGUGCCACCACUCACGCCAGAACAAUAUGAGAUGUACAUGUACAGGGAGGUAGACACUCUGGAGCUGACUCGGCAGGUCAAGGAGAAGUUGGCCAAGAAUGGCAUCUGCCAGAGGAUCUUUGGAGAGAAGGUACUGGGGCUGUCCCAGGGCAGUGUGAGCGACAUGCUAUCGCGACCCAAGCCAUGGAGCAAGCUGACGCAGAAGGGUCGGGAGCCUUUCAUUCGCAUGCAGCUCUGGCUGACUGACCAGCUGGGCCAAGGCAUCAGCCAGCAGCCGACAGCCUCCCAGGCCAGCCCAGCGGAGUCCCAGCCAUCCCCCUCGCCACCCCCCAGCCCCACUGAGCAUGAGAAGGGUUGCCAGGAACCCCUCACCCUGGCCUUGGAGAGCAGCAAAGAAAACCAGCAGCCUGAGAGCCGGUCAACACCUGCCCUGGGUGGGAAGACAUACCCCAACAACCAGGGACCCAUGGGCAUCCAGGAGAUCGUCGCCAUGUCCCCUGAGCUGGACACCUACUCCAUCACCAAGAAGGUCAAGGAGGUCUUGACGGACAACAAUUUAGGCCAGCGGCUGUUUGGGGAGAGCAUCCUGGGCCUGACACAGGGCUCGGUGUCCGAUCUCCUCUCCAGGCCCAAGCCAUGGCACAAGCUGAGCCUGAAGGGGAGGGAGCCCUUCGUCCGCAUGCAGCUCUGGCUCAAUGACCCCCACAACGUGGAGAAGCUGCGUGACAUGAAGAAGCUGGAGAAGAAAGCCUACCUGAAGCGUCGCUACGGGCUGAUGAACACCAGCUCAGACAGUGAGUCCCCCAGCGCCCGCUCUGAGUGUGCCAGCCCCAGCCUGCAGCCGCAGGACCUCAGCCUCCUCCAGAUCAAGAAGCCGCGGGUGGUGCUGGCCCCAGAGGAGAAGGAAGCCCUAAAGAAAGCCUACCAGCUAGAGCCCUACCCCUCACAGCAGACCAUUGAGCUGCUUUCCUUCCAGCUCAACCUCAAGACCAACACUGUCAUCAACUGGUUCCACAACUACAGGUCACGGAUGCGCCGGGAAAUGCUGGUGGAGGGUACGCAAGACAAUGACACAGACCCAGAGCAGAGCAGUGGGGUGUCCAUCCCUGGGCGCCGGGCCCCCCACAGCCCCGACUCGGACGCCGAGGACCGUAAACCUGUGUUUGGGGGGAACGAGCACCCCUGCUCCACCACGGCACCCAUGAAGGUGAAGGAGGAGCAGGGGGAAGCGGGAGGCUGGGGCCACCGACAGGACUCACACAGCCCAGCUGGGGCGGCUGAGGGGACAGGACCUCCCCAGGAAGAGCCGGGGUCUGCUCCCCACGCCACCACCCCCAGUGCCGGUAGCCUCCCGCGGCGAGGAGGCCGUGCUGGUGCUGCCGCUGGAGGACCCGCACCCCCCCACACACACCCCGACAGCUCCCAGUCCUCGUCAGGAUCAUCCCGUUGCAGCUUGGAGGUUUCCCCAACAUCGCCCUCAGCCGCAUCCUCGCCCGGCCUCACUGGCUCAGCCUCACCGGGGCCAUCCUCUGCUGGGCCAGUUUCACCGGCACUGCCGCCAGCUCCCGGCCCCCGGCUCAACACCAGUGUCCAGCGGCGCCAUGAGAAGAUGGCCAACCUCAACAACAUCAUCCAUCGCUUGGAGCGAGCUGCCAACCGUGAGGAGGCCCUCGAAUGGGAGUUCUGAGCCCUCUUAAUGCCCUAAAUAUAUAUAUACAACCCCCUCCCCCAUAUAUAUAUAUAUAUUUUGUUAUAUAUAUAUAAAACACCGAGAGGCGACCGGCAGCUGGCACCGUGGAGGGGAAGACCCAUGGAAAGGGGGGGUCCCCACUACAAAGUUGAUUCCCUCCUCCCAGCUUUGUUUUAAAUGUGAAAAACUGGGAACAAUUUUAGAAAAGAGAA